AUGGCUCUAGGAUCUCAACCUCCUGAACCAGAAUGGAUGGCCCUCCCUUCCGGCUCCUGUUGUCUCAAGGGCCACAUCCACUCCGGUAAACCCCGAGGCUCCUUCGACUGGGUCGCCGACAUCGAGACCUACGUAUCACGACCGUCGCCUGAGAAAGCAAACGGACACAUCAUACUCUACUUCCCGGACGUUUUUGGCUUCUUUACGAAUGGAUUGUUGAUCAUGGAUGAGAUGGCGGAUGCUGGGUAUACGGUUAUUGGAGUAGAUUAUUUCAAGGGGGAACCGGUAUGGCUAGAGUACCUGGGGUAUAAGAAGCCAAAGCCAGAACUCAGCCUUGAGGCAUGGUUACCUAAGCACGUAAAGUUUGCGAACGAGAAUGUCCCUGGCUGGGUCGACGCUGUCAAGCAAAAGUACGGCAAGGCUGGUACGAAGUAUGCUUGUGUUGGCUACUGCUUCGGCGCCCCCUACGUAGCCAACUGCCUCGCCCCAACUCCCUCAGGCGCAAAUCCACCAUGCGAUGUCGGCGCCUUCGCACACCCAGCAUUCCUCAAAGAACACCACUUCACCAACCUCCAACGACCCUUGUUUCUCUCAUGUGCCGAGACAGAUUUCACUUUCAGCACGGACGCACGCAACAAAGCCAUCGAUAUACUAAGAGAAGCUAAGAAGCCGUAUCAUCUACAGCUCUUCUCGGGUGUCGAGCACGGGUUUGCCCUGAGGUGUAAUCUGGACGUGCCGUACGAGAGGUGGUGUAAGGAGCAGAGUCUGAAGGGGAUAGUUGACUAUUUCGAUGUGAACUUGGGUGUCACCGAUGAGAAAGUGAAGAAGGCCCAGAUAUGA